AGACGGGUCAGAACUGUUUUGGCAGCAAAAGGGGGGCCAACACAAUUUAAGGCAGGUGGUCAUAAUGUUACGCCUGGCAGGUGCAUAUUACAUGUAACUAAUGUAUGAUGUAUGGCUGAUAAUUGCUAAAAUAAAUCAUGGACAAAUGAUGAAGUGGAACAGAAAUUAAAAAAAAAAAAAAAAAAACAUUUCUGAAUGUUGAUUUAUAGGAAAGAAAAACCUUUUGGCUGUUGAUUAUUUUCCUACAACUGCACGCUUAAUCUUUUGAAUGUAGUCUAUAUGAAGUGUCUAAACAUUGCAUUUACAUUGCAAGACGUUUUUAGUGUUUAAAUGUAGCCAUUUUAUAUAGAAAACCCUGUCUAACUUUUUGUUGAUGAAGGUGUAGCAGAGGAACAGUCAGUCCUACGCCAUAGUAAACACAAGCAGGCAGUCAGCAGGUCGAGGUUACGCGCCUUCCUUUUGCAGUCUAGUGCACUAGUGGAAAGGGUGCUCCAGCCUUGGGUUCCACCCUGUGUAGGGCGCCUAGAUAGUGAACGAGGAGUAUAUUUGAGACACAGCUUCAGAGCCGCACCCCGGGCCAAGUACUCACGUGGACGGCCAACAAGGACGCAGCAGCCUGGAGCAUAAACACUGAGGUCGGCGCUGUUUCUCCACUACAGAGCGCCGGAGUGUGAGAAAAGUGCCAAAAUGUAAGCGUUUAAGAUAGUUUGAACAAAACUACGGCUCCUGGGACCAGACUUCAGUCCAUUCGCACUUCUGGUAGUGUUUCAGUACACUUCAGAUGGAAGCUUAUCAGAGUGGUAAUGAAGAUGCCAUGAUGGAGAGUGCAGAAGCAGCUGAAGCCCUGAUGAACAUUGAUUCCGCUAUUCCUCUUUCACUGGAUGAGAAGCCGAUCCCUCAAAUGUUUUUCUUGACGUCAUCUCUAGUAGAAGGUAACCAGUAUUUCACGGACGGUGUCGUCGGACAGCAACAGUGGAUCCACCUUCAAAAAGGGUCUCUGCCUGAGGACAAACCGAAGGCUAAAAAAGGUAGAAGGACCAAACGACCAAGGGCACAUUCUCCAAUGCCUGAUAUAACUAUUAAAAAGAGCAAGGACAGCAAAGGAAAUACAUUGUACCUUUGGGAGUUUUUGAUUGCUUUGCUGCAGGACAAGAACGCUUGUCCCAGAUACAUCAAGUGGACCAAUUGGGAAAAGGGCAUAUUCAAGCUUGUGGAUUCCAAGGCUGUGUCACAGUUAUGGGGCAAACACAAAAACAAACCAGACAUGAACUAUGAGACGAUGGGAAGAGCACUUCGAUACUACUAUCAGCGUGGUAUCCUGAAUAAAGUCGAGGGGCAGCGACUGGUGUAUCAGUUUGCCGAGAUGCCAAAAAACAUCGUCUACAUAGGUGACGAUAACGACUGCCCCGGUGUCAACAACAUCAGCAUUUCAAAUGAGGAUGACGAUCACUCCAGUGAGGCGUCCAUCAUUGAACUAUCACCCUUUAACUUCCCCCCUCCCUCCCAAUCCAAAUCGCACACUUACAAGACACCUGUGAGUACCAAAAUCCGUAAGGCUGUGAACGGAGGCCAGGUUAAACCAGCUAACUUCCCCAGUGAGGCUCCAGGAGCCACCAAACCAGCUCGUUCAUUAGGUCUCAUCCAGCAACAGCAUCUACCCAUUGUUUCUGCAGAGAUGAUUAAAACUCUCCAGAACGUCCAGUCCAUCCAGCCAGGCCAGCACGGCUCGGUUUUCCGCACGGCUCAGCUGUUGGAAAGCCUUCGCGACAAACAAGAGAGCAUCGAGGUCAAGCAGGAGCAGCUGGAGGUUCAGCCAGAGGGUCAAGCGCCUCAGAUCGUUACGCUCCAACUGGUACCUGUAUCUUCCACUGACGAAGGAAUGGAGGGAUCUAUAACUUCCCCUCAGUAUAUCAUGCAAGCUAUACCAGAGACCAUCCCAGAGGAAGUAACCCUUUUAGUACAGAGCGUCACCUUGGACAAGGCGUCUUCAGAUUCUUGCCAAGACGUUGUCAAGGAAGAGUGCGAAGGAACCGUCGUCUCCAGUUCAGCGUCAAGCGGCGCCUCGGUAGUGACAUUCGCCGGAGGGCAACAGCUGCUUUCUCAGCCUUCUGGCACCGUUAUUCAUUCUGUAGUUACGGCAACGGAACCAAAGCUAUCAAGUCAAAUUAGUGACCCAGACCCCAAAGAGGUUUGGGACACUCCUGAAAACUCCCACGAUGUCCCACACAGUCCAGACAUGGAAAAGAAGAACCUCCCGGAAAUAAAGGUGGAGCCAUUAAGUGUGGUCAUUCUUAAUGACUCAUGGGUGGGUUACACUCCCAGCGAAACCACAGAGUUGUCAGGCUAAACUCAGGCUAGACUGUAACCUCAUGUUGUCCAAUGCCAUUAAAGCCUUACUCAUCACAUUCCUUUGGGACUUGCACAUGCACUGGAAUUUACAGGCACUCCUUUUUUUUUUUCAUCUGUCUUUCAUUGUUUGUUUGCACCAGCUUUGCCUUGCUAUGCCAUGCAAAGAAUAUUUUUUUAGGAGGACCAAUCAUUCUUAUGCAGCUUAUUCUGCCCUUUAAAUCCUCUUUGCCUUACUUAAGUGCCCUAAAUCAUGUACUGCAAUGUUGUUCCUCAGGGUUCUCCUCUGACACAACGGGUAAUGUGUCGGUUACGUCGCCAUGUAAUGGAAGGCCAACUGCAGUCACCUUUUCCAGAGCUAGGAAGGACCUAAUGAUUUUUUUUUUCUGGAUGGUGACUUUAUCCUUAGCAAAUCUAUUACCGAAGCAUAAAAUGUAAUACUUGCGAUACUGUAUGUAGACGCAUAUCUACUUUGGAAAAAAAGCACAGACAAAAAAAAAAAAAAAGUGCAGACGUGGUAACUGAUUAAAUCGGUAUUUUACAAGCGUUCAUUCAUACCUGGAUCAAAUGGCUUAUAAAUAAUAAUAAAAGCUGUAUUUUUAUUGACCAAAUAAAAUGUUGCUUAAAAAAAAAAAUAAAGCUUUUUUUUAAUUAUUA